AUGUGUGACAUGGCGGGUCUCGAUAACCUGGUGGCCAACACGGCUUACCUAAAGGCUCAGGGUGGAGAUGACAAGGAAAUGAAAAAACGCCGCCGGAGCUUGUCUCUGCCCAAACCGGAGCAAUGUGUUCCCUUGCGAACCACUAUAGAGCUGGACUUUGUCAUGGUUUGCGAAAGACAACCGAUCGGAAAGAAGUAUUUUCGUGAUUUUCUUGCCAGCAAAGCCGAUUACAAGGCCGCUGCCGAUUUCUUGGAUGACCUUUACGAUUGGGAUCUGGCUGAGGGGGGUCAAAAAACCAAAGCAUGCCAAGAUAUCAUCAAAAAGUACACCAAACCUGACGCCAAAACCUUCUUGUCUUUCUUGACCGGCCCUGCAUUAGAGAAGUGUAAGAGUGUGACGGAAUCCAACUUCGAUGAGGUGAUGAAGGGGCCAGUCCAGGAAGGAACAAGAGAGUUUCUGAAAGGCAAGCCCUUCACAGAGUACCAGGCCAGCCCGUUCUUUGACAAGUUUCUCCAGUGGAAGGAGUUUGAGAAGCAACCCAUCAGCGACAAAUACUUCUAUGAAUUCAGGACUCUGGGAAAAGGUGGCUUUGGAGAGGUGUGUGCAGUGCAGGUGAAAAACACAGGCCAGAUGUACGCCUGCAAGAAGCUGGAGAAAAGGCGUCUGAAGAAAAAGGGCGGUGAGAAAAUGGCCCUGCUUGAGAAGAAGAUCUUGGAGAAGGUCAACAGUCUGUUUCUGGUGAAUCUGGCCUAUGCUUACGACAGUAAGACCCACUUGUGCCUUGUCAUGACGCUGAUGAAUGGAGGAGACCUCAAAUACCACAUUUACAAUCUGGGCUACGAUGGCAAAGGAGUGGAUAAGGGCAUCGAGAUGAAGCGUGUGGUCUACUACACUGCACAGAUCACCUGUGGAAUCCUGCAUCUGCAUGAAAUGGAUAUCAUUUAUCGAGACAUGAAGCCAGAAAACGUCCUCCUCGACAGCCAAGGCCAGUGCCGACUCUCUGACUUGGGUCUGGCCAUCGAGGUGGUCCCUGGAAAGACCGUCACUCAGAUGGCUGGUACUGGAGCCUACAUGGCCCCUGAGCUCCUGACUAAGACCCCGUACCGGACUUCGGUGGACUGGUGGGCUCUGGGCUGCAGUAUCUAUGAGAUGGUCGCAGGCUACACUCCGUUCAAAGGGCCCGACAGCCUGAAAGUGAAAGUAGAGAAGGAGGAAGUGCAGCGGAGAAUCCAGAAUGAGGAGCCCUCGUGGGACCACCGCUGCUUUGAUGCUGCGACCAAAGACAUCAUCCAACAGUUCCUCAAGAAGAAGAUGGAAGAACGAUUGGGUGUUAAGAACAACAUGGAAGACCCUCGGAAGCAUGAGUGGUUCAAGAGCAUCAACUUCCCUCGUCUGGAGGCCGGCCUCACCACCCCUCCCUGGGUCCCCAAGCCCAAUGUAGUGUACGCUAAAGACACAGGAGACAUUGCAGAGUUCUCAGACAUUAAGGGCGUGGUGCUGGAUAACAAUGAUGAGAAGUUCUUCAAAGAGUUCGGCACUGGGGCGGUGCCCAUCCAGUGGCAGAAGGAGAUGAUGGAAAGUGGACUGUUCGAGGAGCUCAAUGACCCCAACAGGAAAGAAGCGCCUGCAGGAGGAGAAGAGAGCCAGAAGUCUGGCACAUGUGUAAUUAUGUGA